AUGACCACUUACACAGCGGUCCAAACCUCUCCUACCGUCGCCUCCGAAGAGAGAAAUUCCUCUGUCUCAGGGAGCGAUGCUGAGAACGAGGACGGCAAUGCCGAUAAUACGCCGGAGGAUGGCAUCACCUCGAGCAAAAAGAGAAAGAGGCUCUUGAAAAUCUCCUGUGAACUCUGCAAGGCCCGGAAAGUCAAGUGUGACAGAGCAGAGCCUGCUUGUGGCUGGUGCGCCCGCAACAAUCGAACAUGUGUUUACAAAGAGCGACAAAAGCCCGGUCUUCGGGUCGGCUACGGCCGCGAACUCGAGGAGAAGAUCAAUCGCCUCGAAGCCCUUCUCCAAGUCAUGGGGCGCCGACUCGAAGAGCACAUCGCUGAACAUGGCGACUUCUCAACCCAUCGACCGGGGUCCCUUCACAUGUCUCAUCCACCCCGAUCCGCUUCAUUCAACGCUUACCCCCAGAACGACCCUCGCCCGUCGACUGCCAGUAUUGUUUCCCAAGACACUCCCGGUUCCGAUCCUAGAUGGCCUGUCGCUAAUGCCUAUGAACGAAUGCAAUACCCCCGGCCACAAGAUGCCAUGUCCAUCCGAUCAGUUGUGGACAAUGGCGGUCACGAGCUGGUGUCCCAAAGCGAGAGACCCCAUUCAGCAGCUUGGUUUCCAACAGCUACACCUGCGCCAUCGAUGCCGGACUCGGAACUACCGCCAUACGACCUGCUGUAUACCUUGGUUGAUCUCUAUUUCAAGCAUGUCAACCCGUGGUCUCCCAUCUUGGAUCGUAAGGCCACGUUUGAUGCCUUCUUCGGCUCACAGUCGAUGGACGAUUCGGACAAGGUGCUCAUGCACGCUAUUGUGGCCACCACGAUGCGCUUCUCCAAAGAUUCACGCCUGACCCCUGAGUCGAGAAAUCAGUUCCAUGAGAUCUCCAGGCAAAAGAUCAUGAUGUAUGCUCUUGACCACCCGAACGUACGCGCCCUCCAAGCGCUGGUGAUCCUCGCCGUCGAUGUGCUCGGAACGUCAAACGGCCAACAGGGCUGGAAUUUACUUGCUCUGAUCACGCGCAAUAUCGUCCAACUGGGGCUAGAUGUUGAGAAGAGCGCAUACCUUGAAUCCAGCACUUAUCCGUCGGCGACGCUUCUUCAGGCCGCGCAACCUCAAUCAUGGAUUGAGAGUGAAGAGCGCCGACGUCUGUGUUGGAUGACAUUCAUUCUUGACAGAUACGCGACAGUCGCUACCGCAGACGCCUUUACCCUGGACGAAAGGGAGAUGGACCGAUGUCUGCCUUGUCGUUACGAUCUCUUCUCCCGAAACGAACCUGUUGAGACGAGGUGGCGUCGGCGGGGCGCACCUUCGGAAUUGAUUGUCAACAAACCAGAAAACUUGGGGAGUUUCUCCUACCACUGUGAAGUUCUCGGGAUCUUAAGUCGCAUCCAUCGAUUCCUCCAUCAACCUCUCGAUAUCACGCGCCAUUCCGACAUACAACGCUGGCGUGAGACUUACCGUGGCCUAGAUGGCGAAUUGAAUGAUUGGCUGCAGAACUUGCCGGGCGAAUACGGGAAGAUCUCUCAACUCUGCCAUUCAGACCCUGGAAGCAGGAUCUCUAACUGGAUCAUGCUUCAUGCGGCGUUUGUCACGUCCGUUAUCCGUCUGCAUUCUUCCGCCGCUUAUCCGACCAUUAAAUCUCCCGUUUUCACACCUUCAUACCAUGCAAUCCAACGCUGUCUAGGCGCCGUGGAGAGCUUAAGAGAGAUCGCCCAAGACGUUAUGAAUACCGGCAUGCUAGCACUUCUAGGCCAUCCAUUUGCGUUUGCGCUGUGGGUCUCUGCAAGGCUGCUACUCGUCCAUGCAGCGACAAUGGAGUGUGAGGUGGACCCAAAAAUCAUGUUCUUCAUCUCCACUCUCGAGCAGAUGGGGCGGCAUUGGCAGGUUGCUGGGGACUACGCUAGGAUAUUGAACGAUGUGGUGCAAGAGGGAAGCAAUGGUUCGGGCAGGACAUUCACCGCGAUGAGAAGAUGUGCUUACGAAUUAAACCUCCUAACCUCGCAACGUCCUCAUUCCGUCCUUGACACUGUUACAACGCACAACUCAUCGCAGAGCGAACUCGAAUUUCUGGAGGUCUUUGACUUUUUCAACUACCCUCGAUUGGAUUCCAUCGCAUGGAACAACGCUUUUGAUGCAUCUGUGUCAAUCGCGAAUCAAAACCAAACGACGCCGACACAAGGCCAGCCGCCGAACUAUCGAGCCACGCCGGCUUUUGUCAUCCCGAACCCGGAGAGCGAUUGGUUGAUAUUUAAGCCGCCGUAUGAGUAG